AUGUUCUUAUUUUGUAGAGCUGUCCUAUCUCUCCGUUUUCGGUCCUUUAGGGAUAUUUAGUUUUCAUUGAUGUAAUUUUAGUUUAACUUAUAACACGCACAAAUGUGAAUCACACUUCACCUCAGCCUGCGUGUUGCCUGAUGUUUUGAAUGCGCCAUCACUGGCUGCACAUAAACAUACUGCCAGCGUUGUCUGAGAGGGGGAUUUCACAGUGCACCUUUUUAACACUACAGAGACAGUUUUGCAUGGCAUAUACUAUAGACGUCAGCAAGACGGAUACCUCGGGAAAUGUACUCCAUAGUGGAGCUCAAAGGUGUAAAGUGUGGAUAUCGCUGUGGCUACUGUGGAAAUGCAGGAGGUAAAGCUUCAUACGGCAUGUGGUCCCAUACUAUGACAGUGCAGGACUACCAAGAUCUCAUCGACAGAGGCUGGAGAAGAAGUGGCAAAUAUGUUUACAAACCUGUUAUGAAUAAGACAUGCUGCCCACAGUACACCAUCAGGUGCCAUGCUUUGAACUUCCAUCCAUCGAAGACUCACAAAAAGACCUUGAAGAAAGUGAAUAGGUUCCUCUCCAAAGGAGAGAUGCCAGUAGAGCAGCAUGAUGAGGGUCACCAUGAAGGAGAGCCCAUGGAUUCUGUGCAUGAAGAAGGUGUUCAACCACCUCCUCAAGACCCUCUGAAAAUAGACCACAGUGAAGUACAGGACAUCAGCACCAGUCCAGACACAGACACCACCAACUCAACUGCACCAACAAUGCCCAGAGACGACGCAGAGAAAACCACUAAUGUUACACCCAAACCAGGUAAGGGAGUCGAUCCCAACAGGCCUUUGUGUCGGAAAGCUAAGGACCUCAGGAAAGAGAGAAGACUUCAAAAGGAGCAACAGAAGCAUCAAGAAGCAGUGUCUUCCACUGUGAAUCCCGCCCCAUCAAAAUCUUCAUCUAAUCAACCCAAAUCAUUGGAGGAGUUCAUUACAGAGUCCUUACCCAAUGACCCUCUGCACCGUUUGGAGGUGAGGCUAGUGCGCUCCAACCCUCCAAGUCCACAGUUCAAAGCUUCAUUUGACGCCUCGUACCAAGUGUACAAACUCUACCAGAUGGCCAUUCACAAGGACCCUCCUGACAGACCUACCGAGAGCCAGUUCAAGAGGUUCCUCUGUGACUCUCCUUUAGAGGCUGAGACCGCUCCUGAUGGUCCUGAUGUGGGCUACGGCUCGUUCCAUCAGCAGUAUUGGUUGGAUGGCAGAAUAGUAGCUGUAGGAGUUCUGGACAUCCUGCCCUCCUGUGUGUCGUCUGUGUACCUCUACUAUCACCCCGAAUUCUCCUCGCUCUCACUGGGCACCUACUCUGCUCUCAGGGAGAUUGCCUUCACCAGGCAGUUGCAGCAGCAGUCGCCCAAACUUUCCUACUACUAUCUGGGUUUCUACGUCCAUUCGUGUCCCAAGAUGCACUAUAAGGGUCAGUACCGGCCUUCAGACCUCCUGUGCCCUGAAACAUACACUUGGUUGACCAUCGAGAGAUGCAUUCCCCGCCUUGAUAUCUCUGCUUACUCUCGUCUCAAUGAGAACGCCCGAGCAGGUGAUGCUCGCGCACUGAAGGAACUGGGCAGGGUGUUAGUGCUCCACAGGAGGACAGUGAUGCCCUAUGCGGCCUACGCCCGUAAGCGGAAGGGUUCGAACGACGAGAAGGAAGUGGAGCAGUACGCUAGUCUGGUGGGCCAGACGUGUGCAGAGAGAAUCCUGCUCUACAGAGCCUAGAGCCCCUUCAUACCUUACAACCAUCUGUCUGUCUCUCUUUCCCCCUGUUUGUCUUUCAAAACAUGUAAGAGUUUGUCCUCUUGUACACUUGUCUGUUUAUUGUCUUCCUGAUUGUUUAUUUGUCUGCCAGAAGUCUUUUCCCCAUCUGUGUGUACAGUUUUGUUCUUUUUUUGUACUGCUGU